AUGUUAAAUGUUAAUAUUGAUUUCUAUUAUUGUGAUCCUCAACCAGAAGACGUGGACAUAAAUAAGGUAGACUUUCCAUUAGUGGAAUCAAUAAUGAUAGAUCCAGAAUUUGAAACAGUAAAUAUUUUAUUAACACAGAGUCCAUGUGGAAAACUUCACGCUGACAGAAUAACAGACGUUGAAGCACUCACCGGCUAUAGAGUUUGUCCAUAUUGUAAAGAAGAAGUUUAUUCUAUCCGUGAUGAUCCAGAAAGGAAAAACCAAAGAAGAUUUUUAAAGCAUUGUGAGAAAUGUAAAGAAAAUAAUGGGAGAUUAAUUCAAGACGUUCAAUUGCAAAAGACACAGCAACCAUAUGCACCACAUAUUACGAAACAGAAGAUAUAUCAGUGGUUAUUAGCUCACAAUUUGCAGAAAUAUUAUAAACCGACAAGAUAUUAUAUUACUUUUGACUUUGAAACAUUAGAGACUAAAGAAGAAUUACAACUUUCUGAGUGUGCAACUUUGAACGCUUACUUAAAACCAUUCAUGGUAUCAUCAAUGGUUAAAUUAAAUGAUAAAACAUAUACGAGGAAUUUUUGCUUAACUUCGAGUGAUUCUUUUAUUUCUGAUUGGAUUGAGUUUUUAUUUUCAACCUGUUCAUUAGUUGCUAAAUCAAAUAUGAGUCAAUACAAUGAAUUAUUGAAGCCACAAACGGACUCUUUGAGUCCUGAAGGUCUUUCAGACCAAACGGCGGGGACUUUGUCUCAUACAUUAAAUGAAAAACAGAAGGAAACAUUUAAAGAACUUCUAGAUGAGGAAUUCAAUAAAGUGAAUAUCAUAGGUUUUAAUUCGGGAAAGUUUGAUUUAAAUUUAAUUCUUCGUGAUUUAAACACUGCAAAAUGGAAAAUAAAAUCAAUGCUGGGUUCAUCUUCACAAUUUAAGCAAAUCAUUGUAAAGAAAACAAACGCUCCAUAUGAAUUGAGAUUUAUUGACAUCAGAAAUUAUAUAGCGGGUGGGACAUUAGACCAAUUCACUCAAGAUUUCGGAAACAAUAAAUCACGUGUUAAAUCCUUUUUCCAUUAUCAAUUCAUCACAUGGGAAAAUUACGAAGAAGAAUUAUAUAAAGUGGAACCAUUCACUCAAGAAACUAUAUCAGAUAGUGAUUAUCAAAUAUAUCUCAAUGAUGCUAAAAACUUUAAGAAUAGAUUAGAAUAUUUUAUUCAUUAUUGCAAUAAAGAUGUUGAAAUUAUGAUUGACCCAAUUGAUAAAAUUAUUGAAGAAACAUUUGUUUAUAAAAUUGACGUGCUUCAUAAUCUUUCUUUAUCAUCGAAUGCUUCAAUGAUUCGUUACGCUUUAGCAUAUAAAGACUUUAAUCCUAAUGAAAAAUAUCCUGAGGAAGAGAUAGAAUCAAGUUUUGAAUUAACGAAAAAGUAUUGGAAAUAUAAAAUUGAAUCAUAUAAGAAACAAGAUGAAAAAGCAGAAAGGGAUACUAAAAAUAAUGUUUCAAUGGAUGAUUUUCAAUACUAUCACGAUUUAAUCCUUUCAUCUAAAUGCAAAAUGUGUGGUAAAGCGUUUACAUAUGCAAAUAAACCAACAUUGGAUAGAAUCGAUAAUGAAAAACCACAUACCAAAGAAAAUUGUCAGUUAA